AGCACAAGUAGAAGAAAAAAAUCCAGCUAAAAGCUUUUCCGGUCUGCUAGCCUCAAUUUCCUCUAAAGACGUCUCUCGCAGAGAGGAGAGGAGGACGCACACAGGCAGACUGACAGACCAACGGUUGUAAUUGCACCGGCGGUCACCGAGAAGACUAAUCUUCACUCUUAUCUUGUACUGAAGGAUAUGGUUUCUUUAGGAGGGGCAUGAACCGCGGAGCAGUGCUUCUCGGUGGCCUGUGCCGGGAAAUGUGUCCGCCGUGGGUGUGAGGGAGAGCGGAAUGGUCUGCCUGGACGAAACACACUGGUCUCGCACGGCCGCUCCUGUCUCCGGUAUCCACGCGCUCCCGACUGCGCCAAUCGAGCGCCGCUCGGUCCAUAGCGGUGUGAUUUGUUUCACGGACGGCCUCAAACACAUUGGGCAGCCCACUUGUCUUUUAUCGUUACAUAAUUGAAACUGAAUGUAUGUGUCGCUCCCGUAACCCGGACUGAUUCUCAGGCAGGGAGGCAGAGAUGUGUGUGUGACACUGUGUGUGCGCGCCUGUGCUGGAUCCAGGGGCAGGGCUGUCUGUCUGUCUGUAACCGAUCUACCCGCCGAGUGGACCGGACUGGACUGUGCAUUAAUUGUACUCGUGCAUAAAUUAACCACGGGCCAGCCCAACGUGAACCCUGGGUGGAAACCCGAGUCCAACGGGCAAUGAGGGGAACAGCUUUGCCUCUCUUUACUUCUCUGGCCCUCGGUCUGAUCUUUUUGUGUUUCUGCCAGAAGCAUCUGGAAAGGAUAACACAGGGAUCCAUCCACUCCCCCAGAAAGUAGACUGGAGAAUAAAUCACAUCCUGGAUGGAGGAGCAUCCUUACUUCUAGAAAUGUUGGAUACAGUUGUCUCGAAUUCCAGCUUCAUGCUCAUGGCCUACUGCUAAUUUUAGAGGUGUAAAUUAUGGGAUGGAAAACUGGGUUUUAUUCUUUAUAAUAAUAACCUACAACUGGAAGUGUUUGUUAAAGUUAUUACACUGUUAUUAAUGACUUCCAUUGUUGAUGAGUUAUUACUGUUUUUAAUUUCUCUCAUUUUGCCAUUGGAUUGGCAAUGACCUAUUCACCCUGGCCACCAAUGCAUGUAACUAAGGAUAACUGGAUAACUGUGGUCCUCGCCCUCCAUCGAUUUUAGGCCGAGUUGAAGGAAUACAACAUCCUUUUCCCUAACUCUGAAACCACAACAAGUUGAAAUCACUAAGCCUCUGUGACAUGUCCUUGUAUCCAGGCAACGGAAUGUGACUGUAACAACUUCUCCCUUUCUCUAACUUCUAAACUCCGUUGAAACUACACAUGCAGUGAAGAUGUGUGCAGCCAGGUUCAGUAGCAGCAGUAGCGUCAACGGGGACCGGGAUGAGACCACUACUAAUGGACCCGGUACGGGCCCGGCCACCACAUCCCGCAUGCUGGACUGGUCCGAGGAGGGCACCCGCAUCCUCCACAGCCUGGAGAUUGGAACGGUCAUGACCGUGUUCUACCAGAAGAAGUCCCAGCGACCGGAGAGGAGGACCUUCCAGAUACGACAGGACACUAGACAGAUAGCGUGGAGCCGCAACCCUGACAAGAUAGAGGGAGAGAUUGAUAUCAGGGAGAUCAGGGAGCUGCGGUUGGGUAAAGGUUCCCGGGACUUUGAGCGUUAUCCAGAGGAGGCUCGUAAAUUAGACUCCGCCCACUGCUUCAUCGUGCUCUACGGACUGGAGUUCCGCCUCAAAACACUCAGCGUGGCCGCCUUCAGUGAGGAGGAGGUCAAUAUGUGGAUCACUGGAAUCAACUGGCUGAUGAUGGAUUCUCAGAGAGCCUCAGCACCACAACAGAUAGACCGGUGGCUGAGGAGACAAUUUGAGGUGAUGGACAGGAAUCGUGAGGGAAGUAUCACAGUAAAGGAUGUGAAGGCCCUGCUACCUCAUAUCAACUACAGAGUCCCCAACAUGCGCUUCCUCAAAGACAAGCUACAGGAAGUGGAAGCCAGGUGUGAUCUCUCCUUCCCUCACUUUGCUCAGCUCUACAGAACAUUGAUGUUCGACGCACAGAGGAGUAUCAUUGAGCAGCUGGAGCUCUCUUUCCCCCUCCGGAAUGUGGACAGACCAGAGCUGUGUCAGAUCUCUUUUUACGACUUCCAGAAGUUUCUACAGCUGGAUCAGAAGGAGUCAUGGGCGUCGGACCUGAGCCGCGUCAGAGAGUUCCUAACGGGCUACCUGAGGGGUGGAUCACAGACCGAACCUAUGCUACAGCUAGAUGAGUUCCUGACGUUCCUGUACUCCAAGGAGAACUCAUUGUGUGACCCUCGACCUGCUGUUGUUGUCUCUGACGACAUGAAGAGACCCCUGUCUCAGUACUGGAUUUCCUCAUCACACAACACGUAUCUGACAGGUGAUCAGUUCUCCAGUGAGUCAUCUCUAGAGGCCUACGCUCGUUGCCUGAGGAUGGGCUGUCGCUGCAUAGAACUUGAUUGCUGGGAUGGGCCUGAUGACCUGCCAAUCAUCUACCAUGGCCACACUCUCACCUCCAAGAUCAAAUUCCUGGACGUGCUGCACACCAUCAAAGAGCAUGCCUUUGUCACUUCAGAGUACCCAGUGAUUCUGUCCAUAGAGGACCACUGUAGUGUGGUUCAACAAAGGAACAUGGCUAAUCACUUUAAGAAGGUGUUUGGAGAUCUGCUGCUGACCAAACCAGUGGACCUGAAUGCAGAUGAGCUGCCCUCGCCCUACCAGCUACGCAGGAAGAUACUCAUCAAGCACAAGAAACUGGUGGAGGGCUCUCUGUAUGAAGAGGUGACGUCAGCCAGCUACUCUGAGGCUGACAUCAGUAACUCCCUCAGGAAUGGCAUUCUCUACCUGGAAGACCCCAUAGACCACACAUGGACUCCCCACUACUUUGUUCUGAGCAGUAAUAAGAUCUACUACUCGGAGGAGACUUCUCACUACCAGACUGCCGAGGAAGAGGAGGAGGAGGAGGAAGAGGAGGGGGGGAGGGGGAAAGAGGAGUGUAACAACAAUGAGCAGCACUGUGCAGAGCGCUGGUUCCAUGGGAAGCUGGGAGGGGGGCGGGAUGGGAGACAGGUUGCUGAGAAACUGCUGCAGGAGUACUGUGAGGGCGGGGGCAAGGAUGGGACCUUCCUGGUCCGAGAGAGUGAGACCUUCGUAGGAGACUACACCCUCUCCUUUUGGCGAUCUGGGCGUGUGCAGCACUGUAGGAUCCAUUCCCGCCAGGAGUCUGGCUCCACCCGCUACUACCUGACUGACAACUUGGUGUUUGACAGCCUGUAUAGACUCAUCUGCCACUACAGAGACACGCCCCUACGCUGCAACGAGUUUGAGAUGAGGCUGGGCAGCCCUGUACCACAGCCCAACGCACACGAGAGCAGAGAGUGGUUCCACUCCAGUCUUUCUCGUGUCCAGGCUGAACACAUGUUGAUGAGGGUACCCAGAGACGGGGCCUACCUGCUCCGCAAACGCAGCGACAUCAACUCCUACGCUAUCUCCUUCAGGGCGGAAGGUAAGAUCAAACACUGUCGUAUCCAGCAGGAGGGCCGUAUGUUCAUGUUGGGUAGCUCAGCAGAGUUCGAGAGUCUGGUUGACUUGGUCAGCUACUAUGAGAAACACCCCCUGUACCGCAAAAUGAGGCUGCGCUACCCCAUCAACGAAGACACACUGGACCGCAUGGGCACCACGGAGCUAGACUAUGGAGCGUUGUAUGAAGUCAGGACCCCACAUUUCUACGUCGAGGCCAACAAGAUGCCCACGGCUCGGUGUACGGUCAAGGCCCUGUAUGACUACAGAGCCCAGAGGGACGAUGAGCUGUGUUUCCCCAAACAGGCCCUCAUCCUCAGCGUGGACAAGCAGGAAGGAGGCUGGUGGCGAGGUGAUUACGGAGGGAAGAAGCAGCUGUGGUUUCCUGCCAACUACGUAGAAGAAGUCCCCAACUCACCCGCCCGCGAGACAGGAGACGAGGCAUCUACAGAGAACAGUCCACUAGGAACAUUUCUCAAGGGCUUCAUCGAUGUGCCCACCUGCCACGUAGUGGUUCAGAAGGAUGGGAAGAGUUCCAGGCCAUAUGUGUUCACCGUCCACUCCCAGCAGAUGUCAAUUCACCCUGGCCAGGCACUGGACAUUGCUUCAGACACCCUGGAGGACCUGACCGGUUGGGUGGGAAAGAUCAGAGAGGCCACACAGAACGCAGACGCACGGAUGCAGGAAGAGAAGCAGAUGGAGAGGAGGAAGAAAAUUGCGCUGGAGCUCUCUGAGCUGGUGGUCUACUGUAGACCUGUCCCCUUCAACGAAGAGAAGAUCGGGACAGAGCGGGCAUGUUUCCGGGAUAUGUCAUCAUUCCCAGAGACCAAGGCAGAGAAGUUUGCCACGCGGGCAAGAGGGAAGCGCUUCCUGCAGUAUAACCGUCGCCAGCUCUCCAGGGUCUACCCCAGAGGACAGAGACUAGACUCCUCUAACUACGACCCUUUACCCAUGUGGCUGUGUGGAUCCCAGCUGGUUGCUCUCAACUUCCAGACUCCUGACAAGCCCAUGCAGUUGAACCAGGCUCUAUUCAUGCUGGGUGGGGGGAGUGGCUUCGUGCCCCAGCCUGACAUCAUGAGGGAUGACACCUUUGACCCCUUUGACAAGGACACCCUCCAUCUGGAGCCAAUCACCAUCCAGCUACAGGUACUGGGAGCACGUCACCUCCCUAAGAAUGGCCGCAGUAUAGUGUGUCCCUUUGUAGAGGUUGAGGUGUGUGGGGCCGACUACGACUGCAGCAAGAGCAAGACCGACGUCGUGGCUGACAAUGGGUUGAACCCAGUGUGGGUUCAGAGGCAGUUUGUGUUUGACGUCCAUAAUCCGUCCUUCUCCUUCCUGCGUUUCUUGGUCUAUGAGGAGGACAUGUUUUCUGACCCCAACUUCCUGGCUCAGGCAAUCUACCCUGUCCGCUCACUAAGAACAGGCUACAGGAGUGUUCCACUAAAGAACAGUUACAAUGAAGAGUUGGAGCUGGCUUCUCUGCUGGUUCACAUUGAGAUUGUCAACGCCAAGGAGGAAGAUGAUCAGAACCUGUACUCGUCCAUCCAAAGGCUGAGAGACCGCACCAGUGAGCUGUCCAAUCAGGUGUCAGUUCUGGAGAGGGCGGGGUCAGGAGGUGACCACAGCUAUCAGCAGAGUCUGGAGGAGCUGAGAGCAGCACAAGAUCAGCUCAGUGAACUAGUGGAGACACGCAACCACAGGCUGAUUGAGAAGAAGAGGAGGGAGAAGUUGAGACAGCAAGUGGGGGCCAAGCGGAACUAAAAUGCCCAUCUGACCACCAACCAACCAGUCCCCCUCUACUGCUGCACACUGAUGAUCUUACACCCAUGGAAAGACAAUUCAAUCUACCAAUAACUGGAUUACCCCUGCUAUAAGUGUGCAUAGACUGCACAGAGAUGCACAGUGUGUUGGAUAAAAAGAGACAAAAAAAACACUCAUCUCAUGGAACAAAAACCUUCAGAAAUGGAACACAGAAUGAGAAAAGGGUUAUAAAAUAAUUCAGUGUUCUGAACAGCGAAGCCAGAUAAACUGAACUGACCUGAGAGUAGCGGUGUUCUAAUCUAUAAGGAGAAUACACAGGAUAUGUAUCCCAAAUGGCACCCAAUUCCCUAUAUAGUGCACUACCUUUGACCAGGGCCCAUAGGGGUGUGGUGCACUACUGUAGAUAGGGAAUAGGGUGCCAUUUGGGAUACAACCAUAGCCUCUAAGAGAGUAAGGUAGUGUCAGAGAGUCAACCAUUAGUAUAGGCGUAAUCCAGACUCAAAAUCUCUCCAUGCUAGAACUGGCACAAACUGGCACAAAAAUGGCUAAAGAGAGAAAAUGGGAACCACUACUCAUGGACUGGCUUUGAAAGGGCUUUUAAAUGGGAGCAGGACCACGUCUUUUCCUCAAAGACUAAAGUCUUCUUCUCCUAUCCUGGGGCAGCAGACUGACUAACAGCAGGGACUGGAGUCUAAUCCCCUCUAGUGGUAGGGAUGUGGUAUUGUUUCCAAAAAUAGACCCCUCUUCCUUUACCUGGGAGAGCAUAAACAGGACUUUUAUUACUGUGUUCAUUAGAGACUUACUAACACUGCAUGUCAUAUUGUCAUGUAUUUUUUUAAAGGGCUUUUCAGUAUACUAUAAUAUACUAAAAUAUACUAUAAUAUAAUACACUACCUUUUAAGGAGCAAGAGGAGAAGCAGAGCAGUAGAGAGAGAGAGGGGGAGGUAGGGAGAGAGAGAGAGAGAGGGGGGAGAAAGAGAGAGUUUACCAGAAAUAUAAGUAAUCUCUCACCACAGGACUCUGUCUUGAACCUAUAGGUUUUCUUCAGGUCUGUGUUUCCUGGCUAUGCUGAUCAGAUCAGAGAAACAUGGUGUGGGUUUCAAAUGUCACCCUGUUCUCUAUAAAGUGCACACCUUUUGACCAGAGCCCCUAAUCAAAGUAGUGCACUGGGGAAUAGGGUGCCAUUUGGGAUGCAACAAUGGCAAACAAGGGCUAUCUAUAACUUUGACCUUACUGCAACUUGUCACAUUUACAGAUCCUACCCACCAAGUUGUUGUUAAAGGAAAAAUCCACUCAAAAACUACACUGAACACAAAUAUAAAACCAACAUGCAACAAUUUCAAUGAACUGAGUUACAGUUCAUAUAAGGAAUUAAGUCAAUUGAAAUAAAUAAAUGAGGCCCUAAUCUAUGGAUUUCACAUGACUGGGCAGGAGUGCAGCAAUUGGCGGGGCUGGGAGGGCAUAGGUCAACCUACUGGGGAGCCAGGGCCAGCCAUGGGCGGGGCUGGGAGGGCAUAGGUCCACCUACUGGGGAGCCAGUCCCAGCCAUGGGCGGGCUGGGAGGGCAUAGGUCAACCUACUGGGGAGCCAGUCCCAGCCAUGGGCGGGUUGGGAGGGCAUAGGUCCACCUACUGGGGAGCCAGUCCCAGCCAUGGGCGGGUUGGGAGAGCAUAGGUCCACCUACUGGGGAGCCAGUCCCAGCCAUGGGCGGGUUGGGAGGGCAUAGGUCCACCUACUGGGGAGCCAGUCCCAGCCAUGGGCGGGUUGGGAGGGCAUAGGUCAACCUACUGGGGAGCCAGUCCCAGCCAUGGGCGGGUUGGGAGGGCAUAGGUCAACCUACUGGGGAGCCAGUCCCAGCCAUGGGCGGGGCUGGGAGGGCAUAGGUCAACCUACUGGGGAGCCAGUCCCAGCCAUGGGCGGGUUGGGAGGGCAUAGGUCCACCUACUGGGGAGCCAGUCCCAGCCAUGGGCGGGUUGGGAGGGCAUAGGUCCACCUACUGGGGAGCCAGUCCCAGCCAUGGGCCUGGUUGGGAGGGCAUAGGUCCACCUACUGGGGAGCCAGGGCCAGCCAUGGGCGGGGCUGGGAGGGCAUAGGUCCACCUACUGGGGAGCCAGUCCCAGCCAUGGGCGGGGCUGGGAAGGCAUAGGUCCACCUACUGGGGAGCCAGUCCCAGCCAUGGGCGGGGCUGGGAGGGCAUAGGUCCACCUACUGGGGAGCCAGUCCCAGCCAUGGGCGGGGCUGGGAAGGCAUAGGUCCACCUACUGGGGAGCCAGUCCCAGCCAUGGGCGGGUUGGGAGGGCAUAGGUCCACCUACUGGGGAGCCAGUCCCAGCCAUGGGCGGGGCUGGGAGGGCAUAGGUCCACCUACUGGGGAGCCAGGGCCAGCCAUGGGCGGGGCUGGGAGGGCAUAGGUCCACCUACUGGGGAGCCAGGGCCAGCCAUGGGCGGGGCUGGGAGGGCAUAGGUCCACCUACUGGGGAGCCAGGGCCAGCCAUGGGCGGGGCUGGGAGGGCAUAGGUCCACCUACUGGGGAGCCAGGGCCAGCCAUGGGCGGGGCUGGGAGGGCAUAGGUCCACCUACUGGGGAGCCAGGGCCAGCCAUUCAGAAUGAGUUUUUCCCACAAAAGGGCUUUAUUACAGACAGAAAUACUCAUCAGCAGAAAAUAAGCUUUUUGUGUAGAAGAUUUCUGGAAUCUUUUAUUUCAGCUUAUGAAACAUGGGACCAACACUUUACAUGUUGUGCUGAAAAUGUUUUACAUGUCAUCAGUCAAGUUUUCAACAUAUUGGAAUUUCAAGAAGCAAAGUGUCAGUUGCACAUCAUAUGAUGCUUCUUGGAAAAGGACCCAUAAGUAAGUAUUUCACUGUUAGUCUACACCUGUUGUUUACGAAGCAUUUGAAAAAUAAAAUGUGAUUUGAUACAGUCCCAAAAUGUGUUGCAUGUCACCAGUCACGUUUUCAAGAUAUAGGAUUUUCAACAAUGCAGUUAAAGAUAAAUAAUAACAAAUAUAUAUGUUUUUGAAAUAGUGGCUCUAUACAGGGAAUACCAGUACCGAGUUGAUGCAAAGGGGUACGAGAUAAUUGAGGUAGCUACAUAUUCAGUAAGUAGGCAUAAAGUGACUAGGCAACAGGAUAGAUCAUAGACAGUAGCAGGCUGCCAGCAGCGUGUGUGUGUGUUGUGUCAGUGUGCAUGUUUACGGUUAUGUGUAUAUGUGUGUGUUGGGAUGUCAGUGUAAGUAUGUGUGAGUCAGUGGAGGCUGCUGAAGGGAGGACAGCUCAUAAUAAUGGAUGGAACUGCACAAAUGGAGUGGCAUCAAACCAUGUGUUUGAUAACAUUCCCCUAAUUCCGCUCCAGCCAAUACCACGAGCCCGUCCUACCCAGUUAAGGUGUCACCAACCUCCUGUGGUGUGAGUGUGUUUGUCCAGUAUGUGUGUCCAGUGUGUUUGUCCAGUGUGUGUGUCCAGUGUGUGUAUCCAGUGUGUGUGUCCAGUGUGUUUCUCCAUUGUGUGCGUCCAGUGUGUCCAGUGUGUUUGUCCAGUGUGUGUGUCCAGUGUGUGUGUCCAGUGUGUGUGCAUAGAGUCAGUGCAAGAGAGUUGCAAAAAACGGUCAAAUAAGGUAGUCCGGGUAUGCAUGUGAUUAGCUGUUUAGCAGUCUUGUUUAACAGUCUUGUUUAGCCGUCUUGUUUAACAGUCUUGUUUAGCAGUCUUGUUUAGCAGUAUUGUUUAGCAGUCUUGUUUAACAGUCUUGUUUAACAGUCUUGUUUAGCAGUCUUGUUUAGCAGUCUUGUUUAACAGUCUUGUUUAGCAGUCUUGUUUAACAGUCUUGUUUAACAGUCUUGUUUAGCAGUCUUGUUUAGCAGUCUUGUUUAGCAGUCUUGUUUAACAGUCUUGUUUAACAGUCUUGUUUAACAGUCUUGUUUAGCAGUCUUGUUUAGCAGUCUUGUUUAGCAGUCUUGUUUAGCAGUCUUGUUUAGCAGUCUUGUUUAGCAACCUUAUGGCUUCGGGGUAGAAGCUGUUCAGGGUCCUGUUGUUUCCAGACUUGGUGCACGGGUACUGCUUGCCAUGCGGUAUCAGAGAGAACUGUCUAUGCAUUGGGUGGCUGGAGUCUUUGACAAUUAUUUGGGCCUUCCUCUGACCCCGUCUGGUAUAGAGGUCCUGGAUGGCUGGGAGCUCAGCCCCAGUGAUGUACUGGGCUGCACUCACCACCCUCUGUAGCACCUUGCGGUCGGGAGCCUUGCAGUUGCCGUACCAAGUGGUUAUGCAGCCAGUCAAUAUGUUCUCAAUGGUGCAGCUCUAGAACUUUUAAAGGAUCUGAGGGCCCGUGCCAAAUCUUUUAAACUUCCUGAGGGGGAAAAGGCGCUGUCGUGCCCUCUUCACAACUGUGUUGGUGUGUGUGGACCAUGUUAAACCCUUAAUUCCGUAAUAUCAAAAGUGGACUAAAGAUAGUUUUUGAGUGGAUUUUUCAGGGGUAAGGUCAGUUUUUUGGGGCAUUUCUAAUCAAAGGGUGCUGAUUAAUCUGACUUUUAAUCUGUUGUUUGGGGGGCAACUUCAACCCACGUAACGCUUCAACCUCUGCAUCCCAAAUGGCACCUUAUUACCUUCACAGUGCACUGUCUUUCAAAACUAGAGCACUAUAGGGGAUAGGGUGUCAUUUGGGAUGCAUACCCUGUCUUUCUAUUCUUCCCUCUUUGACCCUUCUGUCCAUAUCCAUCAGUUUCUUUAUCUACUAAUUCUUCAUUGUAUGUACCUGUUUUAUUUAUCACACAGGUAUACUGUCAGAACCUGUUUAAAAAAAGAAAGAACAUAUAGAUAUAUAUGAUAAUGGACUUCAGAGCAGGCUGAAGAUACUGUAGCUUACUUUAUAUCUGUAAAAUAAUAGCAGAAAUAAAUGUCCCCAUUCCCUUCUCUUCCCCCCUACUUUACAUUGUAGUUUGAACGGGUGAAACAGCGUCCACUGCUGGCUGUUCAGGCUAACUACAAUGCAGCUUCUAGACCUAGGGGCUUCUAUGUCAAACUCGCCAAUAACUCUCUGUAUCUAUAUGCUGACUGUCCAGUAUUAUUACUCUGUUAUUAAAACCAUGUGUAAGUUUCCAUUUAAAAUAAAGCAGUUUCCGGUAGAUACUCAUAA